AUGUCUAUGAAGGAGAUGCGCUCAUUAGAUUCUGCGCUGAAGAUUACCUGCCCUUCAACUCGACCAGGCUUGACAAGUAUGUCGUUGGCGAUGACUACACACCAAUCUGGGAGACGGCUCUUCACCGAACAGAAACUUGGAUGGCGAGCAUCAUUCGACGCUUAUCUGCAGACGAAGAGCAUAGAACCAUCGAAAAUCUGGACUCAAAUUCAUAAGAUCAUCGCAGAGGUGUUCCGCAACCAACAGCCAAGAAUGCUCGCUGCGCUCAAAACGAUGUCUUCGGAAGCGAGCUUCUUCGAACUUAGCCGGUUCGACUUCAUAGUCGACGAACAACUCAACGUCUUCCUCAUGGAGUCAACUUAA